AUGGCUCCCUCCAAACCGGCCAAGAACAUAUCCCUCAGAGUACCGAGACACAAUGCGCAGCGGAUCAACGUCAAGCUGUCGGCGGAGGUGCAGAACCAGGCUAGAAUGCAGCGGGUGCUGGUAGACGUCGUCCAGCCGAGCUCGAGGCUGUCGCAGGCCAUUGAAAGCGCAUCGGAUUGGAAUUCAUUGCUUAUGACAGCUAGAGCCGAACGCGGACCACAAUGGGACGUUGGCACACAACAAUUCCUAGUCGACAAAUACUCUGAUUUAUACUAUGACCCCACACCUCUGCUAGAGACAGUUAAAAAGUUGACAGAAGACGAGCACGGACCUGAAUCAGGCUUGCAGAGCCAACAACAGCACCAGCACCAGCAACACCAGCAUCAGCAGUCGCACCGCGACCACCGGGAGCACCAGCUUCCAUCGCACCAUCCUCCGCACGCGCCGUCCUCCUUCCAGCCCUCCCUCCCACCUCGGCACCAAACGCCGAUGCGGGACAGAGACUUUGGGAUGGCGCAGCACAUGGCGCGGGACCAGUCCCCGCACCGACAUCCAGGCGGCGGCGGUGGUGGUGGUGGUGGAGGAGGCCCCGGUGGCCCUGCGCAGGGGAACUACCCAUACCCGCCAGGGAUGAACAUGCGUGGGCCGUCGAGCGGUGGGUUCCCUGGUGGAGGAGGACCAUCGGGCGGCUCUCCGUUCAACCCAGCGGCGAAUAGGUAUAUGGCGGCGGAUCCUACGACACCAAUACGCGGAGGAAGUGGGAUGGGGAUCUCGUCUCCUAUAGGUGGUGAUGGUAUGCGACCUAACAUGGGUGGUGGAGGAAUGGGAGGAAUGGGAGGAGGAAUGGGACCUGCAGGGAUGGGAGGGGGGAUGGGAGGAGGAAUGGGACCAAGUGGCAUGGGAGGUAUGGGAGGGGGCAUGGGAGGAGUUGGCAUGGGAGGUGGUGGUAUGGGCGCAGGCGGCAUGGGAGGCGGCGGUAUGGGAUCAGGCGGCAUGGGAGGCGGCGGGAUGGGAUCAGGGGGUAUGGGUGGUGGGGGAAUGGCAGGAGGUGGUAUGGGCAACAUGGGAGGAGGAAUGGGCAACAUCAGUGGAGGAGGCAUGGGCAAUAUGGGGGUAGCAGGAAUGGGCAACAUGGGCGGAGCUGGAGGUAUGGGCAAUAUCGGCGGCGGCGGCGGCGGGAUGGGGAAUAUUUCAGGGGGCGGGAUGGGUCCUAUGGCCGGAGGGAUGGGCAACAUGUCAGGCGGAGGAAUGGGCAACAUCGGUCCCAUGGGUGGAGGCGGCAUGAUGAAUAUGGGAGGUGGUAUGCCCAAUAUGGCCGAUCGAACAAUGGCUGGUAUGGGUGCAAACACCAUGGGAGGAGGCGGCGGCAUGGGUGGUAUGGGCGGCAUGGGCAUGGGCGGUAUGGACGGCGCAGGGAUGGGCAACAUGGGCGGAGGUAUGGGUGGCGGCAUGGGCGGAAGCGGCGGCAUGAACGCAGGCAUGGGCACCGGUGUGGGUCCCAUGGGCGUCGGCAUGGGCGUCGGUAUGAACUCGGGCAUGGGAGGCAUCAACUCGGGCAUGGGCGGGAUGGGCGGCGGGAUGGGCGGGAUGAACGCUGGGAUGGGCGGGAUGAGUGCUGGGAUGGGAGGCAUGAACCCCGGGAUGGGCGGCGGCGGGAUGAACGCAGGCGUCGGCGGGAUGGGCAUGGGUGUCGGCGGGAUGGGCAUGGGCGGGAUGGGAGGCGGGAUGGGCAUGGACCACGCGAACCCGAUGGCUGCAGGCAACAUGGGGAUGGGCAUGAACAUGUCUCCGAGGGGGAUGAACAGAGGCAUGCCAGACGGUUACAACUGA